AUGGCUGAUAUAAACUUGCACCAAGAAUCACAUGUUGACCUUUUACUCGGAGGCAAUAUAUAUUCACAAAUAUUACUUGAAGGUGUAAAAUGGAAUCAUGAUCGCUCACUUGUGGCCCAGCGUACCGUGUUUGGUUGGAUCAUUACCGGCAAAUCAUCAACUCCGAAUAAAUCACCUGUCGCUUCUUCGUUCUACAACGAACUUAACCUUAGUCACCAGUUAUCAAAAUUCUGGGAACUGGAGGAAAUACCUGAAGCUUCUCGGAUGUCGAAAGAUGAUGAAUAUUGCGAGGAAUAUUAUCUGGCUACCACCUAUCGUGAACCAUCUGGCCGUUUUGUGGUUUCUCUUCCUUUUCGUAGAAAUUUCCGGAUUGAAACAUCUUUAGGAACUUCUCGCAAUAUUGCUUUACGGCAAUAUCUUCGUAACGAAGCCAUAUUAAGUAGAUCUCCCAACGAUAAAGCCGAAUACGAUAACGUAGUGAAAGAAUAUGAGACUUUAGGCCAUAUGACACGUAUUACGGAUGAACUUUCGGUUCUUGACAAUUCAUCUUACUACUUACCACAUCAUGCUGCUGAAACCAGACAGCACCACAACUAA